GGUAUAAAAUAAAGGCACCCCAAAGCUUUUCUUUACAUCUCCUUUUUUGAGGGCUGAAUAUCAAGAAAAAAAAAUCAAGAAGAAAGAAACAGGAUUUAAGAAUGGUUUUCACUGGAGUCAUCCUUUCUGCUCUGGUUAUGUUUCUGCUUUCUGACAGUGCUCAGUGCAGAAGAGUCAACUGCAAGUCUGAGUGUUGCUCAUUUGUGGAGGGCUUUCCAAUGAGACUGAAGGAGCUCCGUUCUGCAUACAGAGAAAUACAGAAGUUUUAUGAGUCCAAUGAUGACUUGGCACCAUUACUCGAUGAAAACGUGCAACAGCACAUCAACAGUCCUUAUGGUUGUCAUGUCAUGAAUGAGAUUCUGCGCUUCUACUUGGACACCAUUCUGCCAACAGCUGUCCAGAAGGACCACUUGCACUCAAAAACACCAAUCAACUCCAUAGGAAAUAUAUUUAAGGAUCUCAAGCGGGAUAUACUGAAAUGUAAGAAUUACUUUUCUUGCCAAAAUCCCUUUGAGUUCGCCAGCAUAAAGAACACAUAUGAAGAGAUGAAUGGAAAAGGUGUUAUUAAAGCCAUGGGAGAGCUUGAUAUGCUCUUUAAGUACAUCGAGCAGUAUUUGGCAUCAAAGAGAGUCAAGCACUAAUAGGGUGUCACUGUGGAUUAGAUGGUGCCAUCAUGACUUGAGUCAAGUCUGAAUAAUCUGAAAAGGAACGAUGGGCAGAUCAAUCACAUACUGUAGGAUAUGGCACAAAUGGACUUCACCCUUUAAUUUAUAUUAAACGCUUGCACGUCAUCAUUCCAUCACACUACUUUAUGAUGCACUGGAAUGCCUUCCCCUUCCCCUUCAGUUUCUGGAUGUCACAAUGGCAAUGUUUUAGGUUCAACUAAAACCAUAAGAUGUUGUUUAAGUCACAUUGACUUAAAUGAGGCUUAUUUAAAAAAACUAGUUGCAUUUUGCCAACUUGCUCAAAUAACUUGAAUCUAUUGUGUAAAUACUGCUAUUUAUGUCUUGUGAACUUUAUUUAUUUAGUUUUUUUCACUGUAUUGUUUACUUAUUUCUGAUGCUUGUAUUUAAUUUGUUAUAUUAAUGUGUCAUCAAUAAAUUAUUGCUACUCAGUAAUGCAA